GCUAGCUAGCUAGCAUCACCCGCCUGGCGUCGGACUCGGGGACGGCUGCGCAUGGCUCUUCGUCCGGACAGUGAACCCCCUGCAGUGAGUGGAUAACCCGCUGCAGACCCGAGCACACCCGGGAGAACCCUCGACGCUGCUGCUGCCUCUCCCGGCGUCUCCCUGCUCGAGUCUCCCGUCGAAGAUGUCAGCUUUCUCCGAGGCGGCUCUAGAGAAGAAGCUGUGCGAGCUGAGCAACUCGCAGCAAAGUGUGCAGACCCUGUCGCUGUGGCUCAUCCAUCACAGGAAGCACUCGAAGACCAUCGUCACUGUUUGGAUCAGCGAGCUGAAGAAAGCUCAGGUACCACGCAAGCUGACCUUCCUCUACUUGGCCAAUGACGUCAUUCAGAACAGCAAGAAAAAAGGGCCAGAGUUCACACAGGACUUUGCACCGGUCAUUGUCGAUGCAUUCAAACACGUUUCCAGAGAGGGCGAGGACGGCUGUAAGAAACAGUUGGGUCGAGUUCUGUCCAUCUGGCAGGAGAGAGGAGUAUACGAGACCAGCCUGAUCGAGCAACUCUCUCAAGUCUUGUAUGGCGAAAAAAAGGCUAAGAAGAGGUCGUAUGAGCAGAUCCGACCAGACGAUGAGGACUUCGCCUCCCAGAGCUCUCCAGCUGAGCCCCCACAGACAGCCGAGUUAAUCCGAGCUCUGCAGGAGCUGGAAAAUGCAGCCUCUGGCGACUCAGUGCUGCGUCAGCGAAUCUCCUCCCUUCCUGCUGAGGUGCAGGACACGUCACUGCUUCACAGGAUCACAGAUAAAGAAUCCGGGGAUCGGCUCUCCCGGCUUGUGGAGGAGGCCUGCAUGCUGCUCGCAGACUACAGCGGUCGCUUGGCAGCAGAGAUCGACGACAGGAGGCAGCUCACGCGCACGCUAACCGUCUUCCUGCAGAGCCAGAAGGACGGCUUGGCCCAGAACGAGCAGAAACUCGAAGAAUACAAACGCAAACUGACGAGAGUAACCCAGGUCCGCAAGGAGCUGCGUUCGCGUCUGAACAAUCUUCCAGGACGGAUCUACAACUCCUCGGCCUGAC